AGCCCCCUCCCCAAGCCAACAUGAGUGCCGACCUGGAGCUGGUGUGGCCUUUGUCAAUACCGCUGCUGCUGCUGUUGGGGGCCACAGCCUGGCUGUGUGUCCGCUGUUCCCGCCCAGGUACGUGUCACCCGGGCAGGGAGUGAUGGGAGGACCGUGGAGACUAUGUCCCAGGGGCCUCUGGGGCUGGACCUGGUUGUGAUGGGAGGGGCAGGAGGCUGAGCACCCAGGAACCAGCCGGUGGCCCCUAUCCGGCCUCUCCAUACACUGGCUGUGGGUGAAGGCUGGUUCUGCUGGACCAUGGCGGUCACUCAGGCCAGGAAACUGCUCUGGAGAGGAGAAGGGAGGCUGGCUACCUGUGGCACCCUCUAUUCUAAGCUAUCCUCACCCCACAAAAAGAGAUUAAGUACCUGUCCUUCUGUCCCUCUUCCUUUCCUCCCCCAACCCGCUCCAGCCUUCUCCCUCCCUCCUUCCCUUUCCCCUUCCUCUCCCUCCUUUCUUCCUUCCUUUCUUUCAAUUCCUUCCUCUUAAUUCUUUCUCUUUUCACACUUUAGCUCAGGCUAGCCUCAAAUGUUCCUGCUCUCCUGCCUCAGCUUCCUGAGUGUUGGGAUGGCAGGCCUGUGUCCCUACACCCAGCUGAUCCGAACCAUCUCAAUAACAUGCAGCCACAAGGGACUUGCCAAGGGCCUGGUGGAGUUGCAAAGCGGGAGGGGGGUCGGGGGUCCCAGACUUCAGCUUUCCCCCACCACACACCCGAGUUCAGGGACACUUGCUAUGCCAUUUCUGUUCUUGCAGGGGUGAAGAGAAAUGAGAAAAUCUUCGAGCAGAGGAACCAGCAAGAAAACGAACAGAACUUUCCUGUGGCUCAGACCUACUCCCUGGCCAGGCCGGUGUGGCCAGGACCCCUGAUGGACACAGCCUCAGACAAGUCAUCUGAAAGAAAGAAUAAACUGCUGUUCUCUGACCUCGAAGGUCCUGAGUCCCUUAGGUACCAGAACUUCUACAGAGGAAGCAGACACGAGCCUGACGCUGCCUAUGUAGAUCCCAUCCCUACGGACUACUACAACUGGGGACGUUUCCAGAAGUCCCCAGAAGACGAUGAUUCCAACUCCUACGAGAACGUGCUCAUCUGCAAGCCCAGCACACCUGACUCAGGUGGCGAGGAAUCUGAGGAUUACCAGAACUCAAUAUCUAUCCGAGAAUGGCGAGAAUCCAGGAGGACUGUGGGCGCACAAGUAUCCCCGUUAGAAAGCCCAGAUGAGGAGCCAGAUUAUGUGAACGGGGAUGUGGCCGCUGCUGAGCACGUCUAGGAGAGACUCAAUCAGAAGGAAGGGCCUGACGGGGUUAUGAGCAGAAGCAUUCACUGCCUGCUGAAGUCUAUUUUCUGGGGAUGCUCAAGCUUCAGACCUGGCUGUGGCUGCUCCUGGGAGGGGUUCCAAACAUCCUGGGAGACAUUGGGACUCGCCAAGGCUGCAACCCCCGAGCAAUGCCCUGGACUUCUUUGGGAGCAAAGCAGGUGUCUGGAAACAUUGGCUGUGCUGACCGGAAGCCCAGGACCUGAGGCUAGCUGUGUCUCCAGUACCACAUCUAAAAUAUGUCACAACACUGGCAUUUGUCUUUUUUUUUCUUAAUUUUGCAAUAGGGUCUCAUUAAAUUGCUCAGGCUGGUCUCAAACUUGCAAUCCUCCAGCCUCAGCCCUAGUGCUGGGAUCACAGGGUGUAUCACUACGCCUGACCUUGUAUCUUUUUUCAUCGUUUGGACUUCAAAUUGCUUAUGAAUGUUGAUUUCUGGGAACGUUCCGGGACUGUUUCUGUAGUUAACGUCAGUUGCUAGAGCCGUAUUUAAUAUUGCCAAUGUCAGGGGGACUUCCUGUCUCCCAGGGAGCAUUACAUGUCCUAACUUUAACAGAUGUAGGGAUGUAGGGUAACCUGGAGUCUCCUUGUUCUCUUUGUGGGUUCCCAUUUGCUCCAUCUUCCAUUCCUGCAGGGACCUUGUGGGUCAGUGAGAGGGAAACAAAACUGGCCCCUCACCAAUCAAUCAAUAAACCCUGAGUUUAAGAGCA